GGAUGACGCAUUCACAGCGGAGUCACACCAUGACCAAGUGUUCAGAGUACAGCCACAUCAUGGACCAUGUGUUCAGAAUACAGCCACAUCAUGGACCAUGCGUUCAGAAUACAGCCACACCAUGGACCAUGUGUUCAGAAUACAGCCACAGCAUGGACUCCGUGUUCAGAGUACAGCCACACCAUGGACCAUGUGUUCAGAACACAGCCACAGCAUGGACUCCGUGUUCAGAAUACAGCCACACCAUGGACCAUGUGUUCAGAAUACAGCCACAGCAUGGACUCCGUGUUCAGAGUACAGCCACACCAUGGACCAUGUGUUCAGAAUACAGCCACAACAUGGACUCUGUGUUCAGAGUACAGCCACACCAUGGACCCCGUGUUCAGAGCGGAGUCACACCAUAGACCAUGUAUUCACAAUACAGCCACAGCAUGGACUCCGUGUUGAGAGCCGGGGUUCAUCUUUUCAUCUGUGAAGAAAUUUGUUUGAGAGUGGAAUUAAAAAAAUCAUUUUAUGCCUUGCUUUCCAAUCUCUUUUGAUACCUGUACCUUGUAAUCACAUUAAUGUGUAUUGUUGUAAAAUUAAUGAAUACAUUUAACAGUUGUUG